CAGGUUGGAUAUGAGCCUAUUCCCCCUCAUCGGGUGACAACUUUAUUUGGUAAAACUGUAUAUCGGCUACCAAAUGUAUUGGAAUAUGCUGGACAUAUAAAAGCUGUUGAUGGUUGGUUUGGGCUGUACAGAGGGCUUGGAGCUAGAAUUGCUCAUAACAUAGUAAAUUCAUCCGUUAGAAAUUCCAUUAGUAAUACACUUACUGAACAAGAAAAAGAUAAAAGUAAAGUCAGUGAGAAGUCCUUACAAACAUUUUUAAAGGAGGUGGGGAAUGAGGCUGUUGCAAAAUCAGCAGGUCUAUUCGUUAGUUAUCCGCUUCAAUUAAUUAGUAUUCGAAUGAUGGUUCAGUUUGUUGGUCGAGAAACAGAAUACAGGAGUCUUUUUUCAUCAUUCAAAGAAAUUUACAAAGAAGAAGGAAUAUUAGGAUUCUUUAGUGGGAUAGUUCCGCACCUUUUAGGAGAACUUUUUUUGUUGUGGUUAUGUAAAUCAAUGAAUUUUUGUGUUCAAAAAUAUAUUAUAUCAGAAGAAUAUUCUCAAAUACCCGAAGUUCGGAGUUACACUCAUAGUAUUUCUCAGUACAUUGCCAGCAUAGUCACUUAUCCAUUUACAUUGGUUACCAAUAUAAUGGCUAUCAAUGAUUCAAAACUUGUAGCUGGUAAUCCACCACUAACUCCAAUAUAUCACUCUUGGACUGAUUGCUGGAUUGAUUUGGGUAAAAAGGGCUUACGCAGUCGUGGUUCGACAUUAUUCAGAAGAAAUGUCUCAAUCUAGGAAUGUACAUGGCGAUUUUUAUUAUUAUAUUUUAUGUAAAAUUGGGUGAUUUAAAUUUAAAAUUAAUAUCCCGCUUAUUUUAUCCAAAACUAUUUAUGAGUAUGAGAUUUUUACGUAUUCAGUAUAAAUAUUCCAAUCCUGUUUUUUUUUUAUUAUUAUUACUAAUAUUUCUAAGGACGUAGUAUUUCUUAUAUGUUGUCUUGUUUUGAGAUUAAAAAAAUCCCGGUUUUUAUUGCGUUUAUUUUAUUGCAUUUUAUAUGUUUUUUGAACAAAAACCUUGUAAUUUAUAAUUUAAUUACGGAUUAUUUUUACGUUCUUUUGAUUUUAGUUUUUAGGCGGUUUGAAUUAAAAUGACUUUAAAUUAGCCAUACCUUAACCACGUGUUACCAGGUUUGCCACGUUACUCGUGGGGUUUUAAUAGCUACAAUUUUAUUACAAAUAUAUCAACAUUUUGAAUUGGCAGUUCCAUUUUAUUUUGUUUUUGAUAUUUCACUUAUUCUUAUUAUAGGCAUAAAUAUAAGUUUUACACAAUUAAA